UAAGGGAAUCUCAAGAUUUACCAGGGAUAAGUACCAUCAUAUCUGAAAGAAAAAAAGCUACAUCGAUCAGUCUGCCAAAAAUGAAAAAAAUUGAAGCCUAUGCAGUACGUGACGACAUUUUGAAGGAAGUUAAAAGUGGUCAAUAUAAAAUCAAGAUUGCACCUUCAGAUCUGGUCGACUUUGGUGGUCAACGAUCGUAUGAUAUGACCCAUCAGUUAUUUGUUCAGCAUGGCGGGACAUUUGUCGUGAUGUUUGAUGGUAGUAGGGAUUUUCAUGAACCACUGAAGGAAUAUCCUACGGGAGACAUUUCUAAUGAAUCUAUUGUGCGACAUUGGGUCAAUUCAAUACUCACCUACUGUGUCGAUGAUAGUGAUGUUAUGCCUAUGAUUCUGUUUGCUGCAACGCAUAGCGACCGUCUUUCGGAGGAUAUGCAGAAGAAGAUGAAAAUUGAAUUUGGAAAGAAAGUCACUGAAAUGUUUGGUGCCCAUGAAAGGAAUAAACACUUUGUCUUCGAUCCCAUUUUCUUCAUAAAUGGUACAGACAAAGACGAUCAGGAAAUUCAGAAUUUGAAAAACCAGCUAGUCAGCAUUGCCCGUAACCAGCCAUCUUGGGGAAUACGACGGCCUAUGGUUUGGGUUCCUCUCGAGCUUCUGAUCAACAAUAUGAAGAAAGAUAAUGUCAAUUUUAUACUUAAAACACAUUUAGCUGAAGCAAACACAAUGAAUGGAGAUCUAGCACUCUCUGACAAACAACUAGACGAAUUUCUCCUAACACAACACGCAUUGGGCAAAAUCAUGUACUUCAAUCAACCAGAACUUAAUAAUUUCAUUAUCCUUUAUCCACCUGCCUUGGUCAACAUCCUGAGGUCAUUCAUCACAGAUGACAUCUUUUGGCCCGAGGAUGACAUCCUUAGAAACAUUCUAAGUAGAAUGACGGAUACUGGAAAGAUAUACAGAAGAGAUCUCUUGAAACUUUGGGAACAGAAAACAUUCAACGAUCACUUUCCAGAUGACGACUUCAAGACGUUCGUUAUACAGGUUCUCGUACAUCUCGAUGUUUUGGUGAUACCUAAAAGAUACUCAGUUAAGAGUAAGACACAAGUAGACUAUUUUUUAGUUCCAUGCACAGUCAAGCACAGAAUGCCAAUAUCAUUUCUGAAUGACAAAUCGUUUUCAAACAGAACAAUAUCUUUGGUCUAUCGAUUACAGAAGUCGUCCAUACCCUCAGCAUUGUCUUUUAAACUUAUUGUUGCGAUAAGUGGUAUCUGGCCCAUCAAGGAAUUGAACGACUGUCCAUUAUUGUACCACUCCUCAGCCGUCUUAUGUGUUGAUGAACAAACCGAAUUACGAAUAAUAGUAGAGGAUAAGAGGGUCAUCAUCUACCUUACACACGAGUUAUCUAAGCAUUUCAUCUCUCCAAAUAUUGCUGCAAGUAUCCAAGAAUGUUUGACAGUGACUUUAGAGGCUGUUUUAACAUUCUAUAUUAGCAGUAUUGGAAAGAGCUACCGAAAAAUGAAUGUGUCAAACCUCUUUCCGAUUGACAUUGGAGAGGUUUGUGACAGAUCUCCAUGUGUAGUGUCCAUUUCAAAGGCAGUACACGCUUCACACUGGGUCUGUGACAAAGGAAUUAAUCAUGAUACCAAAUGUUCUCGGCUAUGGUUCUUCGAUAAGGAGGCUUAA